ACGCAAACCUGCCGGUGACCUGGUGACCCAUGGCGUCCGACGAGCGGAAGUUGCCAGCUUCUGUCCGAACUGCCCGUGAUUUGCUGGCUAAGGCAUUUCAGAGGCCUGGUGUUCAGAUUAGCUGCGAUGCCAGCAUUUUUGUCAACUUGAUGUUGCUGACAAAGGACGUGCUUUUCAGUAACGAAUCAUCGUCCUUUUCGUCUGCUUCUGAACGAGCACGCCAGUUGGAAUUGUUCUCAGAGGCUCAGGCGCAAAGGGUCUCUACGGCCGAGUGUGGCAUUGAACUGGAAGAUCUUUUCUCCGCUACCAGCUCCGCGGAGCGGUCUUGCAAUCAAGGGGCCGCGACAAACCCGGGCUGUGCCCAUGAGGUAGCUGAUUCGGGUUUACUGGCGCGUGCCAAAGAACCCGUGGAAGCGAACAAGAAGAAUGUACUAGCGUUGGGAAACUAUGGCUGUGGAAAAUCCACGAUCUUUCUGUUCCAGCUGGAAUACCUCUGGUCUAAAGGUGAGCUGUGGCAUGGAAAGUUUGAUCUGGUAUUGGCAGUGGAAUUACGGCGUGCCGGGGUGCAAGCUGCUACGAACUUGUACGACUUGCUGGCACGUCGAUUCUCCAGUCUGGGUGUGGCGACAGAUGAGCUGGUAGAGAUGGCAGAGUUCUUUCGCAGCAACCAGUCCCGUCUUUGCAUUGUGCUGGACGGGCUGGAUGAGUGCAAGUUGGAGAACUGCAGUGAAUACAUGCGUGAUCUACUGUUGAGAAGGCGUAGUGGUGAUAUGCAUGUAGUGGUGACGUCUCGACCAUGUACUGAUGCUCGUACCCUGUCGCAAUGUGGAGAGUAUCAACAGCAAGUGGAGGUGGUUGGAUUCUCACCAGACAACGUUGAAUCGUACGUGAAGAAAGUGGUGGGCGGUGUGAAAGGCGAGGCUAUGCUGGAGAAGCUCCGCUCACAACAGGGCACAAUGUCGCUAAUGGGCACACCUCUGUUUGCUGCGCUGGCCUGUGAAUUGUUCAUGGACGACCGAGGAGGUAGUAAAUUGCUUACAUCCAGUACAGGACUGUACGAGUCGCUUGUCCGCCGUGUCAUGGAACGACGUGCGGGCAGGCGCUACAAGACGCUUUCUGCCAUCAAGACGGACGAGUUGAAGGAGCUAUCUGGUUUUGCACUAGCUAUGCUAGCUCAGCAAAAGAUGGUGUUCAACGAGGAGGAUUUCAUAUCGGCACAACUAAGCGCAGCUGCAAUUGAAUUAGGAUUGCUUAUUGCGUGCAAGAGCACCAGCUCAACAGAAGACCGGCAAUAUCGAUUUGCUCAUUUGUCCAUUCAGGAGUUCUUGGCGGCCUGGUACGUGUCUAGCGAGAUGCUGAACGACGAGAACGACGCUGCGUGGCUGGUGAGGAGAGUCGGCCAUUACAGCGGUCACAUGACCAUGUUCUGGCAUUUCCUGAUUGCGCUCGCACUGCCAAAGCCAGCAGUCGCCAUCAUGGAGCAUCUGUGGCGGAUAAUCUGCGAUGACGACCGUACACAACGUGCAUGCAGACAGAUUGAUACACGCCUGCUAGACGACAUUGUGAGCCGUUCUCAGUCAACCAAGCAAAGUAAUGACGUGGACCGUGUCCAUGCCAUGCUGAAAUCGGUGCUGUCGUUUGAAAAGAUGAAAGAGCUCGCCGAUCAUCUGCUGGUUGGCACCGCCGGGCAAGGACGUGGUCGUCAGCGUGUCGACAAUGCUCUGCCACGAGGCAGGGAGUUGACGGACGACUUGUACCUGGAUACUCUUGUAAGCGUAUGGAAGACCGAGUCAGCGGAGGAGAGUGCAGAGGUGUUCCUGUCGGCUUUACGUAAAGUCGAUCCCGGGAUCGCAUCGCAUUGUGAGCAGCAUGCGAUGACAAGCGCAACAUUGGAGAUAUCGACACCAUCGUCAUCUGAAGCUUCUCCGGCUGCUACUGCUGCACCCAUACGGCCUCCUGCGAAAGAUGAUGAGUUAGCGCUUCGUUGCCUAGCUGAUUUGUUAGGAGCUUGUCUAGAGCACUGCCAGUAUCAAGAUGCCUUACGACAUGCGCGUCGCCAGGGAGUGUCAGCCGAAGUCGUGCAUGAACGAGCAGACGCUGCACUUGCCGCCUGUGUUGAGGGUGAGGACGGACAGUGGGCGGACAAUCCUCAAAUGAGAACAGCAGUGCGAGAGCUGCAAUCUGCACUUGGCUACAUCCCAGCCUCCUCUCUAGGUACUCCUGCCGCGGCAGCUGUUCCCGACGCCAUGCCUCCCACAGCUCCCACUCCUGCUGCCACCGCUGCUGUGACUUCCAUAACUGCUGCCCCUGCUGCUGCGGCGUCUGCUGCUGCUGCUGCUGCGGCGUCUGCCCCUGCUGCUGCGGCGUCUGCUGCUGCUGCUGCACCUGCUGCCGUAGCAACGUCGUCGCCUAGCAAGCCCAAUGAGGGUUCUGCCACUCCGCCUGAAAAGGGUCGCACGGCUACAGACUCAUCUGCAGCGAAACGAGGUGCGGGUCUGUCCAACAAGGCCAUGCAUGAAGCUACGAAUAUGACACUGAGCAGCGGUUUGACCAGAGUACGCCGUAUCCGCAUCAGCCUCUGCGGUCAGUUUGGAACCGGCAAGACGAGCCUGGCGGAUUCGCUCAAGAACAAGCAGUUCGUGGACAAGAGGGCAAGUACACCGGCACUUGCUGUUGAUCAUGGCAAUGUGCUCCACGGAUCAGGAAACCUGACAGAUUGGAAGUUCAAUGCUGCAUUCCUCUAUACUCCGGACAUCCUUGUCCAGGCUAAAGAUCUUGAGAAGAAACACCAGCAACGGCAACGGGAACAAGAAGCGGCAAUCCCAAAAAUCCCGAAGCGAGCUGGGUCUACUGGCCUCCAGCGUACGGGAACAGCGACGCAAGAGGCAGCAUCACCAGCAGAACACUCACCACGUCCAAGAGCAGCAGCACCCCAUCGUACUGCCCAAACACCGGCAAACGCGGAGGGGAGCUCUGCAUCGUCAGGACAUAAGCAGGCGUCCAAGCAAACGUUAAAACUUGGCAAAGGUCCAGAAGCAGCACCCAGCUCAGCUGAAUUGACACAGAGCCUCAUCGAUGUCAUCUUGGAGAACCAAGAGCUGAUGCGAGACAUUGGCGAAGAAGAAGUGGUGGUGUCCAUUUGGGAUUGCGGCGGCCAAUCAAUCUUCUCAAGCCUGCAGCAUUUCCUGAUGGGUAAAGAUUACGUCAUCUAUAUUCUCUGUUUCAACGCCUCGGAGAACUUCCAGCUCACCAAACAGCAGAACUACUGGAAGUGGUCAGGGAGUACACUGUCUGAAAUGACUCUGGACGUACCGGAGGAGCUGGAGAACAUCGACCACAUUCGGCACUGGCUAACAGCCAUCCACUUUGCCAGCAACCCAGGCAAGGCUGUGGAAAGCGAGGCGUUUGACUACCCGCCUGUGAUAUUGGUGGGGAACUUUGCCGAUAAGCUGUCGAAAGAUAGGACACUUUCGGAGCACAAGGUUGAUAUCCUCAAGAAGCUGGGAAAGCUCUGCCGCCGGUCACCAACUUUCCAGGGUAUGCUUGAGAGCGAUUACAUUGAUCCCGCAGGGUUGUUCCUUGUGGACAACCACGAGUCCGGAGCUUCUCAAGAAGUUCGAGGAAUCCAAAAGAAGCUACAGGAUGCUGUUUCAUCGGUGCUGGCAAACAAGGAGAUUCCGACGGAAUGGGUUCGCUUUGAGAUGAUAAUGGAGUAUCUAAAGAAACAACCCACCCACACUGGCUACACAACACGAGACUCGAUGAAGACACUGGUGGAGAAGGCCUGCAAGAUCCGCGAUGACUUCGGCAUGGACGGUGCUCCAUCCGAGUUCGAGCGUCUUCUUCGGUUCUACAACGACCUACGUGUCAUCAUCUAUCGGCCGGCAGACAAGAACUCGCCGCAGCCUGAUGACAUCAUCUUCCACAACACACAGUGGCUCAUCAGGCAGAUCAACGUCCUCGUCUUUGGCCAUAUGUACCCGGUUGAUCCUGGCGGAGGUGAUGGCAGGACGGCAAAGGAAGCAGGGACAGCAGAAACGGAGUGGCGCGACUAUCUGUGGUCAAAGGGUAUAGCACGCCGGCAACUAAUGGAGUGUGCCUGGAAAGCAGUCGAAAAAGAAGUUCGAAACAAGAUGCUGGAUGUGAUGGUCGACUGGGAUUUGCUGUACAAAUUCGGAGACGCCUCGCAUGCAAAGUACUUCAUCCCAUCAGCUCUUCACCGUCGACCGCCGAAGAAAAUCGAGGAGGCCCUGCGCAGCUUCCAGCAGGACAAUGAGCCGAACGACGUCUGCUUCUCCACAGCUGACACACCGUUGCUGAUCAUGGUUCAGCCACCAGGCAAGCCUGAUGAAGACGUCCUGAGCUACAAGUAUCCCGACGCGGACACACCGAUGCCACACAGCUCCUACUUCAAGCUACUCGUACGGCUCAUGAGAAAGUGGAACAUCACAAAUACCGACCGGAGUCGCUGUGAGUUCACCUACAACACAGCCAGGUUUCGGCUGUGGCUGCCGGAGCAGCUCCGUGAGCAGUUCCCAGGCAAGGUGGAUAUCUUCUUGGCUCACUACGACUCGUCAGGUGCAAUGCUGGUCAGCAUCAACUUCCGGUGCUCGCCUGACUGUGCUGCUAGCGCCUCUAACUGGCUGCGUCCGAUCUCAUCGAUAUGCCAGCAUAUCCGCAAGGAUAUCAUGGAGGAGUUGGGUAAGCUGGAGAACCCGAAACUGGACAAGCCAGUGAUGUUCAGUUUACCACUACCGCCAGUGUGCGCAUGCAAAGCACAGGAGUGGAAGGACUACAGCAGCGAAAGCCGGGACCUCGGAUAUGCACCGUGGCGUGUACUCUACAGCGAAUCCGGUGCUCAUCACGAUCCGUACUGUGCCGGGUGUGAUUCGGAGUGCAAAAUACCCAACAACUCGAACUGCUGGUUCAAAGCCAGUACCUUCCAGCUCGAAGGACAGCAGAAUGCUGUAGCGAGGAAGCAAGUGGCACUCUGGAAGCAGAAAGCGGAGAUUGCCAAUGAUCAGUCACUUCCUACGGAGGUGAAGAAGUUCCUUGCUGACCGUGCGGACAAGUGUCUGUGUAUGCUGGCUGAAAGCAGAGAUACACUUGCCGUGGCAUCACCGUCGUUCGGCACUAUCGAGCCGGCUGUGGGUCUGGCCGAGUUAUGGAAGCUGUGCUGCCAGUGUGUCGGUGCUGGGCAUUCGGAUAUGAUCCUGCGUGUUGCUCGGAUGUGCGGCACUCUGCAGAGCGAAGAUGAGCUUGUUCAUGUUCUAAGUCACUUCUGUGAGGAGAAACAGUGUGGCACUUCUGAGCGUAGCGAAGCGGAGGCGCCAAAGGCAAAAAAGAAGAAGUACGAGUCUCUCGACCGACAGCUCUCUGACAAGACAGCAUGGGAGAGUGACGUCUUCACAGAACUUCGGCCUAAGCUGUGUUUCACGCUAACUCCAGAUGAUAUGCGUCGCCAGUGUGAGGCUAAGAAGUUGAUUACGCCUGCACAGAGUAGGCAAUAUGCAUCAUACAGUGGCCCUGCAGCGCAGAAUGAGGCAUUGCUCAAUAAACUAAGCACUGGUGAUGACGAAUCCUUCCACACCUUCCUUGAAUGCAUCCGUAAAGUCGAGCCACCAGCCAGCGCGAGAAGGUUAUUGGCCAAGCUGGAACUCGUCGACAAGUUCGGGGAAGACCGGCAGCACUGAUGAGGCCGCAUUUGCGUCUGCAGGAGCAUCCGCUGCUGAUCCAGUGGGAUGGUGGUGAUGAUGAUGGCCAUGAUUGAUCAACACUGGAUCGCGGCGAGAAUCUGUUCUGUCUGUCUCUCUCUGAGCCUGUAAGUCCUUCUGUCUCUCUUCCUGUAAGUCCUUCUGUCUGUCUGCCUUUACGUCUUUCUGUCCGUUUUUCUGCUUCAACUCAGACUCUCGACUGAGCUCUCUCCUUCACUUGCUCUCACUCUCGCUUGCUCUCGCAAUCACCCAGUCUCUCGCUCCCACUCACUCAUUAAGUCGCGAUAUUCUUCAUUUGCCUGCUGCAUUCGCUAUCGUAAGCACUACUUCCUUUGAAUAUGCCUUUCUUCUUCUUCUUCUUCUUCUUCUUCUUCUUCUUCUUCUUCUUCUUCUUCUUCUUCUUCUUCUUCUUCUUCUUCUUCUUCUUCUUCUUCUUCUUCUUCUUCUUCUUCUUCUUCUUGGUCUUUCAAUUGCUACAUGACUUGCUAGAGACUGCUUUCCCUUAGCUUCGACUUUGCUCCUUUUAUUGGUACAUUAUCACAAAGUAUUUUUUUCACUCCUCAGUAGUGCAGCACCGUGGGCGCCGCGUGCUCAGGCAAAGUGGCACGGAACCAGAAUGCUGGAUUUCCGCGCGUGCCCUUCGCUCCAUGCACAGUACCUGACCCAUGUGUAGAGUCUAGAUAGAUUGUCUGAGUUGUGUUGAAUUGUCAUUCAAUUUCUUUUUAUUCUCUAAAACAAAUAUCUCUACAUUCUAUCUCUGUGACUUAGAACCUCGCUUUAGGUCCGUAUUUGACUAUUUGAGCUUAGACACUGCUGGAAAAGCAGUGCACUAGUCUGACGUCAUCAUGUCGAAUAGCGGAACCUUUUUUUAAAAUUCUUUUCCGGUUGAACCGGUAUGCUCAUAGAAUUAUCAGCUUCUGCGCGGCCUCAUUUCUGCCUAUCCUUCUGCACUUUGGUUGCCCUUUUCACUUUUUUGCAAUGCUUUUUCAAAGGGCAACUUCUUUAAUUUUUGUAAGGAAGUGCAAUUUUCACAGCAGCCGUUUUCACAAAUAAUUGCUGUUGCCGGUUGAACCGGUAUGCGUAAUCACAUUCUGCUCGUCUUUUAUUCCUGCACUUGCUUUUCACUUUUACUGUCUCUUUGCCUUCGUACUUCUAUUUUCAAAGCACCUUUUAUUUCAUUUUUCAAGGCACCGCAAUUUCCAAGGCACCCAUUUAUAUAAAAUGAUUUUUCUACUUUUCUAAAGCCCUGGCACAUGGUAUCUUUUAAACUGCAAAUCUCGCCCUAGAUUCAUUCAUCUUGGGAAAGGAGGGGGUGUGACUCUCUCCAUUUUCAUGUGGA